ACAGUCUCCUGCAACUCCUCCCAGGACCCAUCUAUCCCAGGCCACGGCUCAGCCAGGGGAUGACUACGUUACCCACAGUGCAUCUCGCGGACUCGCUACGUAUCUCGUUUCUAUGCCUGACAGUCGGUUCAACCAGUAGUACGAGGACCCACAAUGUGAGUAGUUACCCACAAUGGCUCCGUGGACCCGCCUACCCAGACCCAUUCUCACUCUCCACAGCCGGCCAAAGGUGAGAGGACUACAUUACCCACAAUGCUUCCCGUGGGACGCCCACGCGGCCUCGUUCUCCAGCUCGACGCCGGCUCAGCCAGUGGUCGUCGCCGACUGUCCCGGGUCUGCGUACUAAGGGAUUUGGUCCUCGCUUCUGGCCCGCCGAGCCUUCCACGCCCGCUGUCCCGCUCCCGUCCCAGCCCGGCGCUCCGGGCCUGCCCCGAGCCCCACCACAGGUCUCAGCGCUGCCGAGCCCUGAAAACAUCUUCCUCAGUGUCUAGCCAGAGGUAUAGGGAGAGACGGGUGUGAGCUCCAGGCCAGAGAAGGAACAAGGCCCACCAGGAGCAAUGGCGACCUCUCCCGGCUUCCAGCACCCCCCACCCCUGGAGCAGGAUGAGAUCCUGAUCGUGAAGGUGGAAGAGGACUGCUGCUGGGAAGAGGAACCCGCCCUGGAGAUUGAAGACCCUAGCCCUGAGACCUUCCGCCAGCUUUUCCGGCUUUUCUGCUACCAGGAGGUGGCCGGACCUCGGGAGGCCCUGAGCCGCCUCUGGGAGCUCUGCUGCCGCUGGCUGCGGCCGGAGCUGCGCACCAAGGAGCAGAUCCUGGAGCUGCUGGUGCUGGAGCAGUUCCUGACGGUGCUUCCAGGGGAGAUCCAGGCCCGGGUGCGGGAGCAGCAGCCAGAGAGUGGUGAGGAGGCCGUGGUCCUCGUGGAAGGGCUGCAGCGGGAGCCCAGGAAACAAAGGCAGCGGGAUCCGGAUGUACUCCCUGAUGAUGCACCGGCUCACGGGACAGGGGAGUGGUUCUUGAAAUGCCAGGUGGAGGCCCAGCCAGCAGAGCUGUCUCUGGAGGAAGGGGCUCAGCACUCCAGCCAGCAGCCCCCAGCCCAGCUUAGCCACAGACCAAAAAGAGGCCCCCAGCUCUGGCCAAAGACGGGCCCAGGGGCCUCCCAGUGUCAGGAGACGGCGGCACUGGCCACAUCCUUCCUUUCAGCCUGGUCCCAGCAGGUGCCGGUGACCUUGGAGGACGUGGCUGUGUACCUGUCCCAGGAGGAAUGGGGGUGCUUGGACCUGGCUCAGCAGGACCACAGCUGCGACAUGCUACUGGAGGAUGAGGGACUCCCCGCUCCUGGGCCCUGUCUGACUGCCCAGAAGGGGCCAGGGCAAGGCCUGCGGGACCCAGCUUGUGCGGCCUCAGGGCUGAGGGAAGUCUCUGGCAGUGCUGGCUCAGAGCUUGGGAGGCAGUUUGAGGAUGGAGAGUAUGCCAGGGUGGACGCGUCAGUGAGAACACGGUGGGGCCAAGCACUACCGGGUCUGGGUCAGGGGCCCAGCCUGACCAGACCCCAGCGGCCUCUGGACAGAGGGCAGCCCCUUGGGGUCCGGAAACCACACACGUGCCCCGAGUGCGGCAAGGCCUUUAGUAAAACAUCCCACCUGACCAAGCACCAGCGCACGCACACCGGGGAGCGACCCUACCAGUGCCAGGUAUGCGGGAAGCGCUUCGGCGACCGCUCCAACUGCAGCACACACCAGCGGGUGCACACAGGCGAGAAGCCCUACGCCUGCGCCCAGUGCGGGAAGCGCUUCAGCCAGAGCUCCAGCCUGGUCAUCCACCGCAGGACACACACCGGGGAGCGGCCCUACGCCUGCACCGAGUGCGGGAAGCGCUUCAACAAUAGCUCGCACUUCAGCGCGCACCGCAGGACGCACACGGGUGAGAAGCCCCACACCUGCCCGGCCUGUGGCAGGGGCUUCCGCCGGGGUACCGACCUCCGCAAGCACCAGCGCACGCACGGCGGGGAGCAGCCGCUUCACAGACCCCAGAGGCUCCAGGACAUCCCCGGGGCCCGAGCCUGACGAUUCGGGAAGCUGCCAGAGUUGUUUCUGUCCCGGAGCCAGAAACUGUGGUCUUCAGGCAUCUUCAGACUCCGUUUGCUCCCAAAGGCCCCAGCAUGAGGACACGUGGUGGGACAUUUGGGGGGCCCAGGCUGAGGGAGGAAGCUGGGCCCUGCAGGUGUAUUAGGGUCUGGGGCAGCCACACAAAGGACCACAACUGGGCCGCUUAGAGCAGCAGGAAUUCUCACAGUUCAGUAGGCCAGAGUCUAAAAUCAAGGUGUCUGCGGGGCUGCCUCCUUCCUGCAGCUCUGGUGGAGGAUCUGUCCCAGGGCACUCCUGGCUCCUGGUGCUGCCAGCUGUCCUUGGCGCACCUGGGCUUUUGGCCAAAUCACUCUGCCUCCGCCUCCCCACAGCCUCUUCUGUGUGUGUCUCCAUGUGUUGUCUCCUCUUGUACGGAUGCAGUCAUUGGAUUUAACUGAUUACAUCUGCAGAGACCUUGUUUCCAAGUAAGGUCACCUUUUGAGAUUCUGGAUAUGAAUUUGGGGGGACACUUUUCUGCCCACUUUGGGGGAAGACUCAAUGGCUGUGGUCUGUUGCAGCUUUACGUACCCCAGCUUUACCUGGGCUUGGUCUCCUGCCUUCCCCCCGAACCUUGCUGCACUUUCAAAAUUUAGCCUGCUGGGGGGUGGUUUCAAGUAUCACAGUGGUUGUGGGUCACCUUCGCAGAGCCACGGCUGUUCUGUAGGAUGGAUGGCUGGUGCGGGAAUGCUUCCCCGAGAUCCCAUUUUUCAGCCUCCCCUAGCCCAUCAGGAAGUCCCCAGGGUAGAGUGCCAGGGCUGCAUUUGUUCAGCCCAAGUGGCCAUGUCCCAGGACGCAGGCUGGCCUUGGUUGCCCCACUUUGAAUUUCUGAGGUGGAUGUGCUUGUCUGAUCUGUUCACAUCCAUGGUCUCAUAGUGGCUGAGGGGAGCAGUAAGAGGCCUUGUUUGCUUUAGUCAUUAGUAAAGUUGUGGGGCAGCUCUGAAACUAUUGGGUUCUAGAAUGUUCCAUCAAAUUGUUAGACAUAUUUUUACCUUUCCACACAACCCAGGUUCUGGGGUGUGUGACCUGCUCUUCUCUGUUCCCUUAAUA